GACAUUAUUAUCAUAAUUAUAGAUCAUGUAAACUAUAAACAGGCAAACAGGUAAACGACGCAGGCGUAUUUGCUUUUUACUUCCUCAAAAUUCCAGUGUCAACUUGUCACUUUUACAGAGAACACAAGAAAGAAGAAUAAAAUGGACGACUCCGACCAUCUUCUCGUAGCUGCAAUAGAUUUUGGUACAACAUAUUCUGGCUAUGCCUUUUCAACGAAAAGUGAUUUCAAGAAAGACCCGCUAAAAAUCCACGCUAAUCAAGCAUGGAAUGCCGGAGGGAGACAACUGCUUUCAUUAAAGACCCCAACAGUUCUUUUACUUGACAAGAACAAGCAAUUUGUUUCAUUUGGUUAUGAAGCUGAAAACAAGUAUUCCGACCUUGUAAUGGACAAAGAACAUGAGGAAUUCUACUACUUUCAUCGAUUUAAAAUGAAACUACAUAAAAAUACGAAUUUGUCAAAAACUACAGUGAUUGAGGACAUAACUGGAAAGUCAGUUUUAGCAAUGGAUGUGUUUUCUUUGUCCAUACAAGCUCUCAAGGAUCAUUUAAUGGAACUAUUAGGAAAAAGAGGAACCACAAUGACGGUCAAAGAUAUUAGAUGGGUACUUACUGUUCCCGCAAUAUGGACUGAUGCAGCAAAACAAUUUAUGAGAAAAAGUGCUGAAAAGGCUGGAAUACCAGGUGAUAACUUACUGAUUGCACUUGAACCUGAAGCUGCUUCUAUAUACUGUCAAUAUCUUCCAACUGAAAAACUAAAUGGUGCCGAAGAAGGAUUCACAAUGGCUGAAGUUGGAAAGAAAUAUAUGAUAGUUGACUUAGGAGGGGGUACCGCAGAUAUAACUGUUCACGAAAAACAAACAGAUGGGAAAUUAAAAGAGUUAUGCAAAGCCACCGGUGAUGCAUGUGGUGGAACGUCCAUCGAUAACGAGUUUUUUCAGUUGCUGGUGAAAAUUGUUGGAGCACCUCUAAUGAAUAGUUUGUCAAAGAACGAUCCUUCAGCUUAUUUAGAUCUUUUCAGAGAGUUCGAAACUGUGAAAAGAACAAUCAUCCCAAACAAAACAGACAGGAUGAACUUUACCGUUCCCUUUGUUGCAUUUGAUACUCUCUGUAAGAAAAGUUUUGGAGAAGAUUUCCCAAGUACGGUUUCGUCCUGUUCACUAAGUGGUAAAAUUUCACUUCGUGGUGACAAAAUGCGGGCCGAUAUAGAUGUCAUGAAGGCUUUAUUUUUAAAACCAAUGGUUGACAUUAUAAGCCAAAUAAGCAUAGUAAUCAAGCAAUGUGAAAAUGUCUCUAUGUUGCUCCUCGUAGGAGGGUUUUCAGAAUCAGAAAUGCUUCAGCAUGCUAUACGAAAGGAAUUCCCCGAUAAACGAAUUAUUGUACCCGAAGAUGCCGGGUUGUCUGUGUUAAAAGGAGCCGUUCUUUUUGGUCAAAAUCCAGAUUAUAUAUCAUCACGCGUAUUGCGUUAUACAUAUGGCUAUAAGGUAAAAUCAGAAUUUAACCACAAGAUACACGAUAAAGCAAAAUUAGUUAUGAUAGAUGGACAAGAGUUGUGUGGAUACAUAUUUAAAACUGUCAAAAAGAUAAACGAGGACACUUCAUCGGGAACAAAAGUUACGAAACCAAUUAGCACUACAACAAAAUUUCAAAGAAAACUACAAAUACCUGUCUUUGCGUCUACCAAAGAAGAUCCAAUGUAUACUGAUGAAUCUGGAUGUACUUGCAUUGGAACUGUCGAAAUAGAAAUAUCUCAUCCAUCCGAAGAGGAUAUUUAUUUUGAUGUUGAAUUUAAUUUCGGGAAUACUGAAUUCACAGUAACGGUGACAGAAAGAGAUACUGGACACUCCGAAACCUCAAAGUUUGACUUUGUGUGAAGUGGGAACAUGUAUACUUUAACGAUCGUUUUUUAUAAAGAUUUUUUUCUCA